AUGUUACAACCACGAAUACCUUUCCGUUCGCUGUGCAGGAAAUGUCAACUUCCCUCACCCAGCUUGCGCAGGACCUACGCGCAGGUACAAGUCAUCGACCCCGUGCAUCCGAGUGGCUCGGUCACAGACACUCCCAUCACCGAUCUCCCCCUCGCUCAGGCAGACGACCGAACAUCUCUCUCCAAAUUCGAAGUUCGGCUGCGCCGAUAUACUCCUCGAACACCAGGUAUCCGACAUCUGGUCCGUCCAUUGAACGAACAUUUAUGGAAAGGCAGACCGCACAAGCCUCUCACAUUUCCCAAAAAGGGCCACGGCAAAGGUGGCCGAAACCAUACUGGUCAUGUGGUGGUUCGACAUCGCGGAGGUGGACACAAGAGACGGAUACGAAUUGUUGAUUUUGCACGGCGUACUGGUGGAAAACAUCUCGUCGAGCGAAUCGAGCACGACCCAGGCCGCACUGCUCAUAUCGCCCUUGUCAAGAACCUUCAGACCGAAGAAAGGACUUACAUCCUGGCGGCAGAAGGCUUACGGGCCGGAGACACUGUUGAGAGCUAUCGGUCAGGCCUUCCACAGUCACUCAUCGACGAGAUGGGUGGGCACAUCGACCAGGGUGUCCUAGCGUCCAAAACAGCGCAUAGGGGCAAUUGUCUGCAGCUAGGCAUGAUCCCUGUGGGCACCCCCAUAUUCAACAUCACACCGACAAAAGGCGACAUUGGGAAGAUCUGCCGCAGUGCGGGAACACAUGGAAUCAUCAUUGGCAAAGGGGAAGACACGGUGCAGAAAGAGAUGAUGAAGUUGAUUGGUGACAAUGGCGACAUGGAUCUGUCUACCUUGAGCACAGAUCAACUGAGGAAGUUCGAGAAGGCGGCUAACUAUGUUACUGUGCGCCUUUCCAGCGGCGAGGUUCGACUGAUUGACAAAGAUGCUGUAGCAACCAUUGGUGUUGCAAGCAAUGUCAACUUCAAAUAUACCUCUCUGGGCAAGGCAGGUCGAUCGCGAUGGCUUAAUAUUCGACCAACUGUGCGAGGCGUGGCCAUGAACGCAGCAGACCAUCCACACGGUGGUGGUCGGGGCAAAUCCAAGGGUAAUCGCAUCCCUGUGAGCCCUUGGGGCAUCCCGGCGAAAUCCGGCUACAAGACGCGAGAUAAGCACAAAAUCAACCCUCUUGUGGUGACCCAGCGUCCAAGGAACCAGGGACGUCGGAGAAGAGGUUAUGCAUAG